UCGCAUCUUCCAACUGAGACUGGCCAAGUGGUCACGGAUUGAGAGCAGCAGAGAGUGGUUGGUGGCGUCCGUGCGUGUGACCUCCUUCCUUCCUCCCUCCUUCCUACACUGAGAUGCUUCACUGCAUCCCGGCGGAUGAAUAGUCACUUGUGGGGCUGCUAUGCUCGGUACGAUUAUCUCUUGAUUCACAGCUUGGAGAUGCGAAGAUAAGGCUGGUGUGGAACUCAGGCUGAAGCUCCUCUGCGGCUGGUCGAAGUUCCCACUGGCUGCCGGGAGCUGCUGUGCUCAGAUCUUGAUUUUCUUCCAGGACAACCGUGGGCGGACGUCUUCUACCGAAAAAGGUGCCGGGAUUACAGGACGAGAGCCAAGGGGUCUCCGGGCCACAGGAGGAGCUCCUCUACCUCCCUCGAGAUGUGGCGGCCUCUGCGCCCCUCCUCACCGCCUCUUCUCACCCUCUGCCUCCUCGCCGCCUUCGCACGAUCCGCGCAGCACGCGCCGCGCUUGCAGCGAGAUGAACGCAGGACUCCUGUCGCAUCGCCAUGCUGUCACCUCCUGCCCCCACCACCGCCGCCCCCACUGUCGCCCAGCUUCCUGCAGCGUCGCAGUGUUGAGAAGUUUGUACACGGCGAUCAGGAGAAAAAGCUACCGGGACCCGGUGAGAAGGUUCAGAGGCCGUCCACAUCUAUCGCAGGACAGCCUGGUCCACCAGGGCCUCCAGGACCCCCAGGCCCUCAGGGUCCCCCAGCAUUGCCUGGAUUAAUGGGACCUAAAGGAGAUCAGGGGAUGAUCGGAAAGCGUGGAAAACAGGGCCGUCGUGGAACACCUGGGCCCAAGGGUGAGCAGGGUGGCUCGGGGCCCAUGGGUCUGCCAGGAGCAAUAGGGCCCAAGGGAGACAGUGGAGAACCGGGCGUCCUGGGGAUGCCAGGUCCCCGAGGGCCACCUGGUCUCAAGGGUGAACCUGGAUUAAAUGGAGACAAGGGUGAUGCUGGAGAGAAGGGUCAAACUGGCCUGCACGGAGAGAAGGGUGAAACAGGGAGUCGAGGAAUGUUGGGACCAAAGGGCGACAUUGGUCCGAAGGGGAGUGAUGGACCUGCAGGUUACCGGGGCCCCAUGGGAAAGCCGGGCAAGCGUGGAAAAGUCGGCAUGAAGGGAGAGCUGGGCCCUCGGGGACCGCCUGGGUUGCAGGGAGUUGUGGGUCCCCCGGGUCCUCCCGGACGGCCCAUACUACCAAGUGAUCAUACGAUCCAGACGGCCAAGGGCGAGCGCGGUUUUCCGGGAGUACCAGGCCCCCCAGGGAGGUGCUCGUGUCCCAGCCAAGGCAACUCCCUGCAGACACGCGCAGCCGGCGUGCCGUACCCCGCCGUGCAGGCCAUCUAUGUGGUGAGCAGCCAGCAGGAGCUGGAGCUGCUGAGCUUGCCCAACACCAUCGCCUUCUGCCGAGACGUGCGCUCGCUGUUCUUCAAGGAGCCCACGGGCUGGGUUCCCAUCCAGCUCGCCCCUCCCCACCUCACAGGGUUCUGCGGAGACGGAACCGUACAGGAGGUGAACGGAGAAGAGUGUGACGACGGCAAUGAGGUCGGCUCUGAUGCCUGCGUGGACUGCAAGCGCGCAUUCUGCGGUGACGGCCACCGGUGGGACGGGCUGGAGGAGUGUGACAGUGUCGAUCUUGGCCAGCAAACUUGUGCCACAUACUUGCCCGGCUCAUAUGGACAGCUGCGGUGCACCAUCUUCUGCAGAAUUGACUCCACAGCCUGUCGCUUCUUCUCUUGAUCUGAAAUCGUCACACUGGGUUGAAGAUCACGGUAUUACAAGGAACAAACAAGCCUUAUAUUACGGACAUAGACAUAACUUAACUUCUCACUAAAUAUUGUCUGGGUCACUGGUAGACUGGAGGUGGCAUGUGACAAGUAGCAACAGCCAUAGCAAGAGGUUUUACUGGAUGUGGUGUGCCGGGUGUAGAAAUAUUUUCAUGGGUUACAGACCUUGCCAGACAUGGGCUGAAACAAACCUCUGGGCAUGUAUUUUUAAGCUGUCAAACAGAAUGCCAUUGAAAACUCCUGGAGGAUUUAUCGUGAACUAAGGUAAAUUGAGACACUAAUAUACCUCACAUUUAAUCGAGCUGUGAAACAUUCAUACGCAAUAUAACAUAUACAAUCCAUUGAUGGUACCAAGAACAAUUUGGUGGAACCUGACUUAUUUGGACAGCUGUGGUGAACUGCUAGAGACACUCAUCGGCCUCAUGCAAAAGUUAAAGAUGUGUCCUGCCAUAUUUUACUCACACCAUUGUUGGGAAAAAAAAAACCUGUCUUCCACCCUGGCCAAAUGGAACCUGUCCAAGUUAUUGUUUCAUUGCUGCUUAGCUACUAGAUAUUAGGAAUUGCAUCGUGCCUAUGAAUUAUGCUUAUGAAUUACAUUAUGGUACAACGUAUGCUAUCGUAAACAAGUUCUUUUAAGUUAUUUAAGGUGCUUUGAAUAAUACUUUACUGCUAUUUGAAAAGACCAAAAUAGGUUUUUGACAACGUGGUACAGUACUAUGAAUUGAUUUUUUAUAAACACUUUUAAUGAUACUUCUCUGUUGAUGUUACACUUGUUCUAUUUACCUCAUUUUUUAAAGUACAUUUUCAUCAAUAGCAGUCUUAAUUGUAUCACGGUUGUAUUUAUUAUGAUUAUUUUGACUUUUUUCAUGUUACUAUUAAUUGGAAAGAUUUAGUUUAUACCGGAUUUUAUUAAUAACAGUACAUCAUGUAUGGCCUAGACCACUUUGUCAUUGUCUCAAGGUAUCCGAAUGUGUAACAGAUUUCAAUAUGCAAAAUUUUGACGAAUUUCUUUUUUCAUAGGCUGUGAUAAUGUUUCAACAAUUGUACGCGUCUUUUCUUGACUGCUAGUGUGUAAAUGAGCAAAUUCAACUCAGCAUUGCCGACAUAUCGCAUAUUUCUCAAGUACUGUACUGGAAUGAAUACUGUACAAUGAGUGUAAAACGUGCACUUGUAGAAUGCAUGCUCCACUCUCCCCCCCCCCCGCGUGUAUGUUUACGCUUUGUACGCUAAAGGGAGAGUGAGUGUCCCGGGGCCCACGAAGAGGCCCGAAUAAAUUAAAUUGACUCACCCAGGGAGAGACCUUAUUUUCAUUGCAUGUCCUUGCCAGAGUGCAUUUUUAAGUCAUGAAUUCACUUCCCUGCACCUUACUCAUGGCUGCUACUCCAUUAACUGAUUGCUUCCUGUUCUUCCUAGCACCGGAUAAUGAACGAUGUUUCUGUUUUCAGCCUUGGCUAGAAAAUUAAUGGCAACGUGAAAGCAACAUACAAAGCAUGGUGCAGGGUUGCUUUGCGAUUUUUAAACCUAUGAAAUAUUGUGUUCACUUAACGCUAAAAAAGGAUAGAUGUAAAAAAAUGAUAAAGGUGCAGCCCUGCAAUUUCUUGCUCAUACCAUUGCUGACGAGAGGAAGCUCUAGCGUGCUUAUAUUUGGCCUCUGCUUCCACCCUGGCUGCAGGUUUGUAAAAGAGGUGGGAGUGACCCACAUUGUAUCACACCGCACACGGCCUGCCUGCCGAUUGGUGUUACUAAUUUAUACUGUUGGGUGUAACAGGCAGGGCGGGAAAGUAUACGGUAUGUUUAAACAUUUUUUAAAGGAGGGGUUCACAGCACAAAAAGGAAAAUUGAGUGGCUCUGCUUCAAACCGCCACCUACCUUGAUGUCACGGGCUUUACCCAGUUAAAACGGAGUCCGCAACGUACAUGCAUGGGUCCCUAUAUUUAGCGUUCCUGUCACCCUGUCCACAACAACUGCUGCCUCUGUUUUCACGACAGAGAUGACCCGGCCAUGGUGACGGGAUGCAAAUGCAAUGCUAGCAACUUACAGUACUUGCCGCAAGACAUCAGGGGUACAGUCAAACCUCAUAAAGCCGACACGGUUAAAGCUGUAAGCUUCCCACUGCGUCGCAGCACAGUCUUACAUUUCUUACAUAGUUUCCCACAAUUUAGGGUUAUUAAAACCCAGGAGCAAUUUGUUUGGGCAUUUUUUUUUUACAUCUUAAAGUGUUCAUUGUUGCAUGAAUGCUAAAAACCCUUCAGGAAAAUUGCAGAAAAUAUUGUUUAUCGAAAGCAACGUGAAGCCUUGAUAUUUAAGCACUUAAGACCUCGCUAAGAAUGUUCUGUUUCGCGUGAAAAGUAAUGGUUUAUAAUGGUUAGAUGUAAACAUGACAUUUUGGCAACCAACAUUACAAUUUUAAAUAAUACUGCAAUACAGUAUAAUUGUGAAUAUAGUAUAUUGCCUAUAUUUAAAAAAAUGUUUUUAAUUCUUGAGGUGGUUGGGUCACUCAGGUAAAAGUGUUGAACGGACACUGCUGUGAUUAUGUUUUCCAAUUUGGCCAGCUGUGACUAAACAGGGUUCUAAAGUGCAGGGAGUUGAUGGUCUCCACUGGUCACCAAUGACUACUCAAAAAAACCUGAUCAUAUUAAAUUUGGUUUUGUACUUAAUUCGGUACAUUUUACAGCUCUGACAAAAAAAUACAUUGCUUUGACUGUCAUGCAACAAACAGUAUGGUAGAUAAGAGGUCAUUUGAAUACAUUAAGUAGUCCUGUGAUAAUUACUUCUACAGACUAUUCCAUAAGAUGGUAUGAUGCACUGUUUACAACAACAUUUGAAAAAAAUCUGAAUGACACUCGUGUUAAUAACCACAAAAUAUCACAACACUCAUGAAGUUGAUGGUCUCCACCGGUCACCAAUGACUACUCAAAAAAACCUGAUCAUAUUAAAUUUGGUUUUGUACUUAAUUCGGUACAUUUUACAGCUCUGACAAAAAUACUUUGCUUUGACUGUCAUGCAACAAACAGUAUGGUAGAUACGAGGUAACUUGAAUACAUUAAGUAGUCCUGUGAUAAUUACUUCUACAGGCUAUUCCAUAAGAUGGUAUGAUGCACUGUUUACAAAAACAUUUGAAAAAAAU